GAAGAUUACUUUACUAAUUCUCGAGGACUAUCUUUAUUCGAAUCGCCCGACGAAUAUCGAUACUUAUUAGAUAAAUCGGACGAAUGAUCGUGGAUUAAAUCGUUAAAUUUGCUAGACAAGUCAAAUGACUCAUCCUCGAGAAGAAAUUGAACGCAGCAUUCGCGUAAAUGACCUUUGCAAGUAAGCAGAGACUUUAUUUUGAGAAACCUCUAGAGGAUCACCGUAAUUGGAGCCGGAGAAAAAAUAGUAUAUUUUCGUCAUCGUUCACUGGCAAGGAGACCGCGACAUUUUCAAAGAUAUCUUGACACACCGUGGAAAUUUUAAAUUUAGUCGUGCGAGGCUCGCGAAGGGUGGAAGGAUAAUUAGAGCGAAAUUGGACAGUCAUUCAUGAAGUUUGCCAGUCACGUGUCACGCGGCCAGACUUGCAGGAGAUUUCAUCAAUCCACACGCGAACGAAUUAUGGCGAGGAGGGAACAAUAUGAAUCGUUGAUUCACGUGUCGACAUUGGACUUGUUAACUGACGUAAGCAAGGUGAACGCUGGGGGGAAGUCGCGAUUGAAUGAUCACGCACAAGAAUUCGUGGUUCUCUUCGUGGAUAGGAUGCCAAGUUUUUAGCAAUCGUCAAUGACAGAGACUUCCUACAACAUUUUCGUACGAAAGGGAUCUUUGUGUACCGUUCUAUUCAUAAUCAACAACAUUGCACUCGAACUGCGAAAAUAUCUCCGAAUGUUUUGAACAAAAUCGAGAUUACGCCGACGAGGGUUAAAGAGAGGAGAUAGAGUAAAUGAAUCUUUAAGAAACUCCGCGGGUGGAGACGAACAAUGUCCUUUUGCAGGAUAACAGGAAGAAGCAGGGGCCUCCCUAAGCCAAAUUACUUCCCCCUUUUACCACCGAUCAGCCCGGCUGACGCGAAACGUUUCUGCCGGAUCACCGGCAAAUCGUACGGUCUGCCUACUCAUCAUUACAUUCCAGUCUUAUUGGGUAUUCACAGCCACGACAAAUCGAAAUGCAAGAUAACGAAUGCUUCCGGUCUAGGGCCGCACCAUUAUACAGCUGGCUUCGUCCUGGGCGAGAAGAAGAAACACGUGGUCCUCAAGGACUACCGUUACGUGUUCCCAGUGCUGGAAGGAGAAGGGGAACAGCAAAGAGCUCUGAGAGAUUUACUGAGCAAGAAACAUCCUCUCGUCGAAGAGGAACAGGCAAAGUUCGUGUACACGGUAGAAGAGAGAAGAUGCAGCCUGGUGUUUCCAUCCAGAUUGGAGGCCGCGGUCAGGGACGGGGACGUGAAGGACGUGAUGUUGUCCAGGGACUGCGAUACAGUUCUGUUCAGGCUGAAACAAGGGAAAAACGUUUCGGUUGAUUUCAAGAAUUUGGAAGACUUCGAGAAUCUUUACGAUGGGCUUGGACCGAGUCAGGAGGUGUUGAAGGAAAGGGAGAGGCUGGAAGCGGAGGCUAAACGGCGCAAGAGAAAACGACAGGCUGGCUUGAGCUAUGCCAAGAGGAUUUUCGAGGAGAAAGAGAGGGCUGCCGAAGAGGAGGAGCUAAGACAGACGAAGCAGUUAAAACUUCGAAGCGUCAAGGAAGAAACGCAGGAAGAAAUGAAGGAAGAAACGUGGAAGAACGUGAAUUUAAAACAGGCUAGAAGCAGAGCGUGUAACUUCAUCUCCGUGACGAAACCUUUGAAGGGCGGAGAGAAGUCUCUGCCAGAAACUUUGGAUUGGAACUCGUUCCAGGAUACUAAUGAACCAUCGAUGCAACCGAUCGUCGAUAAAUUGCCCACUCCUGUCAAAGUGGAGCCUCAGAUUGUCGAGCAAAGUGCCACAACGUCGUGCACCAGUCCUAUCUCGGAGAGCACGGGAGGAUUCGAGGCGAUAUCAAUCGUGAAGCCAUUGACGCCGCUGAAAAUAGAACCGGACGCUGCUCUACAGUCCGCCAUACGGGAUGUUCCAGCGAGCGGCUUGAAAGAGGUGUCCAAUGUAAACAUGAAGCUUUUGCAAGCAGGUGAGGAGGCAAUAGAACAGCUGCCAAGAGUGGAAGAGAUUCCAGAGUUGGUGCAGAAGCUGAGCAAGGGUAAGGUGACGACUCAACACAACGUUAAAGGUCUGAAAUUAGACAUAAAAUCCGCGCAGAGAUUUAUCACCGGCCAGACGGUGCAGACGCCGAACGGACCUAUUUUUGUACCUGGCCAGACGCUGCAAACACCUCAGGGUCCUGCGUUCGUUCCUGGCUUAACCGUGAACACUCCUGACGGUCCUCUCCUCGUUGCUGGACAGAUACUCAACUUGAAAGAACAAGAUAACAAGGAAACACCUGUAUUUAUAGCUGGACAAACGUUGGCCACGGAACAGGGUCAUCGAUUCAUUCAGGGUCAAACUUUCCACACUAACGAAGGAGCCAGAUUUGUUCAAGGUCAAACCGUUCUUACAGACGACGGUCCAAAAUUCGUCGCCGGCCAAGUGACUAAAGAUGGAACUUUCAUUCCUGGUCAGACCAUUCACACUCCUGACGGACCUCGAUUUAUGCCUGGUCAAACUAUCACUGACAAUCAUGGAGAACAGAUAUUUGUCCCAGGGCAGAGCGUACGAAUGAACGAAACGUGGGAAUUUAUUCCUGGACAGACGAUCGAAACUCCGACUGGGGAAAUGAAGUUCGUUUCAGGCCAGACGAUUCCAACUUGUCAGGGAUUACAGUUUGUACCGGGGCAGUACGUGGUUUCAAAUUCUGGGGAAAAUUACUUUAUGCCUGGCAUAGUUAAAGACACUGAGAAUGGUUCGACUUUCGUUCCUGGUAUGACUCUGGACACUCCGAAGGGGCAAAAGUUCGUGGAAGGUCAAGUAGUGAGAACGCCAAUGGGUGAAAAAUUCCUUCCAGGAAGCACUAGGAUAACAGACAAAGGGAUCGAAUUUGCCGCAGCUAGUACGUUCGACGAGGUUGUGUUUUACGAUGCUGGACCUGUUGGUAUGCCGGUUGACCCAAAGACCGUCAACGUUUCCAUUCAACAGAGCGAAAUCUUCGGUCACAUGGUGCAAACUGAGAAGGGAGUAGAAUUCUUCCCAGAGGAUGAGAAAAAAUUACCAGAAGGUAAAAGGAUAGUCCCGGGCCAGUUAGUCAGGGGUGGGAAAGACGGACCUCGAUUCGUGCCUGGUGUGAUGACAGAGGAUGGUUUUCUGCCUGGUCAGAUAGUGAUGACAGAGAAAGGUGAGCAGUUCGUUCCAGGUCAAGUGAUCGACACUAGCACUGGUCCUAAAUUCGUUCCUGGUCAAAUGGUAGAGACUAGAACAGGCACAAAAUUCGUUCCUGGUCAAACCGUGGACACUGCGGAUGGACCACGUUUCGUACCAGGUCAAAUCGUCGAGACCAAGGCUGGUCCUACUUUUAUUCCUGGCCAGGUAAUCUCCACCGACGACGAAGGUUCUCGAUUCGUACCUGGACAAGUAGUGGAUACACCUGAUGGGCCAAGAUUCGUACCAGGUCGUGUCGUAGAGUCUGGAGAACUGGGAGUGACCUUCGUGCCUGGCCAGAUAGUUCAGACCGAAGAAGGGCCGCGUUUCGUAGCUCCAGAUCUUACUGACACGCCUGAAGGAGAAUUAGAAUUCUCUGUUCAAGGAUUCGAGGUCACCCCUGAGGAAUUGAAAUUACUGAGGCCGCAGAAUCUACAUUACAAUCGUCAUGUUCAGCAUCAGGGAGAGACCAGCAUAGAUGCAAGGAUGCUCAGACAGUUGUCAGAAGCUGGUCUGUCUGUGGGGAGAAAAGUGACCACAGAUUUGCCAGCUGUGGACGUGGACGUAGAUCCAAAGGCGGUGGCUUUGGAACAUGCGCUUGUUAUGGCGGAGAAGCUCGGUUUACAUGGCACCACUGCAGUGAAGAUGGCGCAAAUAGUGUCAACUGUUGCUCAGCUAGCGAAAAACAUUGUGAUUCAACAGGAGCAACAGCUGGAUGAAUAUUGUAUCGAAUCAAAGUUUAUGAAUGGUGCAAAGUCUCCUGUUGUAAACGGCAAUAGAAACGGAGAAGAACAAGAGAAUGAAAAUGAAAAUGAUUAUUGGUUGAAAGACGCAGUGAAGAUAGCAAUGACAAGCGCCGUUCUGGCGAUUAUGAGUCACUCUAUGAAUGAAAACGGCAACGAUUCUAAGCAAGAUUUCAUUUAUUCGUCCAUUAGCGAAGCAUUCAAUGUCCUUUUGCGUCAGAGGGAUAGCAGUGUCGAUCAAUCUGUGGAGGAAAUCCUGCAGAUACUUCUAGUCCCCCAGAAUCGAAGUAACUUGUGUCAGUCGGCUCUGUUAAAUUUACUAGAGAGUAAAAAUAACAAAGUGGACAUUUUAAAAUCCACCGUGGGCAGCCAGUCUCUGAAGGAAGAUGUAGUACUCGACAGAUUAUCCAUGGUCCUCGAAGAAGAACACGGUACGGAUUUAAUCGGCCCUGCUUUCAGGACAGUCUCAAAAAACGACCCCGAACUGGUCUCUCGAGUUCUCCGAAAGGUAUCCGAAGAGGUUUCCACUAUCGUUACCGAGAAAGAAGCAGCCGAGACUGUUCACAAGGCCAUCGUCCAUGCAGUUAGAGAAUCGAGCGAGAUCCACGUGCAAGAAUUGUUAAACGACGAGGGUGGAAACGUUCGAGAGAUGUUUCUGCAGGCUGUAGGAUUAGCCAGAGCUUUAGGUAUGUCUAACAUUGCCAGCAGUUUAUUGGCAGUGAUCAGCGAUGAAAAGUCAACGCAAGCCCUAGCCGGCGAUAGGGUAACGUUGGACGUUUUGAAACGUCUGACAGUGAUGAGGAAACUAGCCGAGGAACGUCCACCGUUCAUGAACGCUUUGACGCAAUUAUGCAGCGAUCCAGAAUUGGCCCGGACUGAUCCACGAUUGAGGACCCUCGUUCGAGAAAGCGCAGCUCUGAUGAUCGUACCCGAGGAAGGCCCUCUGCAAUCGUCAACCGACGUACCGUCGAUUCUGCUCCAGUCUGACAACAGUCUAGCCAUGGAAGAAUUCCUUUUGAGAAGAAACCACAGGCCAUCCACAAUCUUUAUGAUUCUGAAGCAAGGCAUGCAGGCCGUGGUGCCCAGAGAAGCGUCCAGGUCUGUUCUAACUGGAGAAGUGGCUUACACGGUUCUUGACGAGGACGGAAUCCAUCAUUUUGAACCACUCCACGUUUUCUCCGCGCUCCAACUCACUCGUCCAACCGCGCAUCGAUUUUCCAUGUACUGCUGCCCCGUCGCGAAGGAAGAAGACGUGGACGUUGAAAUGAUGUCCACGUUCACGGGGACCACCUCGAUGGCUAGCAGUCUUGACGGGUCUGGUACUGGGACCUAUCAGAGACAAGAAUUCAAUGGUAUUGUGUUGUCGAAGUCUGACAAGUCGUUUGGACAGUCCGGCAGCAGAGAGAACACGCCGAGUUUGAGGAGACUGAGCAACUUUCAGGAUAAUUACUUUGAACGGAAAUCAUUGGACAACUACAUCGUGGUGAAGGAUUAUAAAAACGAUGGAUUCUCCGUGAACGUUGGCGACAUCGUCGAGGCGCUCGAAUACGCCGAUCCAGCCAAAAAGAUCAAGCUGGAUCCUGAUUUGGAAAUCGGUGGUGAGGUUGCCGAAACGUUGGACAAUUCUGCUGCUUGGCACAAACUGUCGGUUCGGCCGCGUCGAAAGUACGCAGAUCCCCGUGCUAGAAGCAUCCCGAGGUCCUCCUCGGACAGCAGCAUCCCGAGAGUGUAUGUUCGUACAGCUGAUUCAAGAGAAGGAUGGCUGCCCAUGUCCAUUUUGAUGCAAACGGCCCUCAGCGAGGACUCGGCACUUGGACAUCGGCCGGAAGACUCUCAAUACCGACGAGAAGCUGUAGUGAAAGAACUAGUGGAAACCGAGGAAGAAUUUGGCAGAGACCUUCAACAGGUCGUUGAACGUUACUUGAAACCCCUCGACAAUCCAGAUGUUCCACGGAUCGUACGUGACAACAAAGACAUCAUCUUCACGAACCUGAAACAAAUUGCCGACUUUCACAACACAUCGUUCGGCAGGGUGUUGAUCGAGGGUGUUAAGUACUAUGCGGAUCAACCACGUAUGCUGGGGAAAACUUUCCUACGAUUGGAAAGGGACUUCGACAAACAUGUGGCAUACUGUAGGGACGAACCGGCGGCCCAGGAGUUCCUCCAAAUGAACGACGCGGUACGAGAGUACUUCGAGGAGCUGAGCCAGACUCUCCGUGACGACAAAAGUCUAUCGGAACAUUUGAAACUUCCGAUACAACGCAUAAACGACUACCAGCUCCUGCUCAAGGAGCUGGUGAAGUAUUCGACCCGACUAGGCGAAAACUGCGACGACCUCCAAAAGGCUUUGGAGUUGAUGCUAGGUAUCCCUCAUAGGGCGACGGACAACAAAUUCAUAAGCAACAUCGAAGGUUACAAAGGGAAUAUCCACAAGUUAGGCAGAUUACUCACACACGAAUGGUACACGGUGAUUGACAAGGACGGCAAGAGCAAAGAAAGGUAUCUGUUUCUCUUUAAAGCUCGCAUACUCAUCUGCAAAGUCAGACGAAUAUCCGAGGACAGAUCCGUCUUCGUUCUCAAAGACAUUAUUCGAUUGCCAGAUGUAGAAGUAAAGGACCACCCAGACGACAUACGGUCUUUCGAACUGCACAAUCCAGCAAGCCCAGCCUACCCCAUUACUUUAGUAGCUCAUAAGGAUCCGGUGAAAGCCUACUGGCUGAAAGAAAUUCGACAAUACGCGAGUGACGUAGUAGCGCUCGCUGAACACGCUGCGGACGACCUGCAAUUGACAGAAGUUCUAGAGACCAAGGAAGAAAUCAAAGGAAAUCCAGGAACUCCUCCUCAGAAAGCAACAGGAAACCCAGGACCAAAGGCAGAGGGUAAUCCAGGACCAAAGAAGGCAGAAGGAAACCCAGGACCAAAGAAGGCAGAAGGAAAUCCGGGACCGAAUCCCGGAGAAUCCGCGGAGAAAAAGAAAGAUAAUCCGGGAAAUCCAGAUUCUAAACAAGUUGAAGAAGGGGGUGCAGAUAUGUCUCGAAGAUAUUCUUCCAGUCGAUACAGCAGCUCUUCGAAAGUUGUCGAAGAGUAUUCUUCAGUAUCUAGCAGUGCAGCAUACAUGGAGUCAUCCGUGAGUCAGAGCAGUGCAGUAAGAAUGGAAUCCAGCUCCUACCAAGCUGGAAAUUCGAUAGAAACCAGAUCGAAUACAGCGAAAAUCGAGGGUGGCAGUGGAAUAGGAAAACCUGUGUUCGUAAAGACUCUCGAGGGAUCCAGUGUCGAACCGAUACCAGAAAAUAACGUGGAAUUGAUACAUGCCGUAGCUGGAGAAAUGACCGUCUUCGAGUGUACUCUAUUGCACACCGAUGCAACGACGAGGGUACAAUGGCUAAAGGACAACAAACCGUUAGAGGAUAGAUUAGCAGAUCGUCUGACAGCCUCUGCAACUGGAAAGACCUUCAGACUUCAACUUCAAAAUGUACUCGAGUCGGAUUCUGGCAUUUACAUCGCUCGAGCUAUGAACAGUGGAGGCCAAGCUACUUGCACUGCCCAACUUGUUGUGCAAAAACUAACUCCCGAAGAGAAGAAAGCGAGAGCAGAAGCUAAUGCACCAAUCUUCUUGGUGCGACUGAAGGACACGGAACUCUUGGAGAACACUUACUUGCGUUUCAUGGUGAAAGUGAAAGGAGACCCUAAUCCUGAGAUGAAAUUCUUCAAAGACGAUGUUUUAAUUGAUGAAAAUCAUCCACGCGUAAAGGUCGUCACUGAACAAGCAGACAAAGGUUUCUACGAGCUAGUAAUUGCCGAUGUUCAAAAGCAAGACGCUGGCAAAUACUCGUGCACGGCGAAGAAUCGAUUUGGAGAAGCUUCUUGCGAAGCAACCGUAACGGUGUCGGAUGAGAAAAUGUUGUACCUUCCUGAAGAUUUCCUCGAGCCAGGCAUGGAACCCAAGCUCACCUGGCUGCGCGAUGGAAAACCAUUCGAUCCUGAAGAACGCUUUAAAGUGUUGUUCCAGGAUGACGAAGACACUUUGGCUUUGGUGUUCCAACAUGUCAAACCUGAAGAUGCUGGCCUUUAUACCUGCGUCGCGCAGACGAGUACAGGUAACAUCAGCUGCAGCGCAGAACUGACGGUCCAAGGUGCAGUACACCAGCUACUGAAAGAACCAGAGAAGCCGAAACUGUGUUCAGAAAGCAGGCAUUCGGAAGUGAGCGCCGGUGGAUCAGCCAUGCUGGAAUUACAAAUCAGAGGAUACCCAAAACCGGAUAUCAAAUGGAGCAAAGAUGGAGAGGAAAUUGUCGCUGGUGGAAGAUACAAGUACCUCUGGGAAGAUGAAGAAUCAAUGUCCUUAGUAAUUAAGAACGUCACUGCCAAGGAUGCUGGUACCUACAAAAUCAGAGCGAAGAACGAAUUGGGCGAAGAUACAACUCAAAUCGAGUUGAUCGUGAAAUCUGCGCCAAAGGUCACGAAAAAGCAAACUGACACAACUGUCAAUAUCAGCGAAACGUCGACGAUGGUCGUGCAAAUCGAAGCCACGCCCGCGCCGGAAGUCAAGUGGUACAAAGAUGGUCAAGAACUUCGAGAAGACAGUCGUAUAAGUAUCGUUAAAGAAGACAGCGAAACUUAUAAGUUAAUAUUACGAAACGCUCGUUUAGAUGACUCUGGCUCGUACUCGAUUGUCGCGCGAAACGAAGUCAACCAGACGACAGAAAUUUGGAACUUGAAAGUAUUAAGUCCACCAAAGAUCACAAAGAGAUUGGGCGAGUCACAAGUUCUGGAUCAAGGAAACGAUCUCACUUUGUUCGUCGAAGUUGACUCACUGAUGCCGCCUAGUAUUAAAUGGUACAAAGAUGGAGAACUGAUCGUUGAAGACAGUCGUUUAAAAAUGACUCGAGAGGGUAAGAAAUUCAUUCUGAAGAUCACCGGUAUAGUGUCCGAGGACACAGGAAUUUACAAAGCAGAAGUCUCCUCCGAUCAUGGAGUUGUUACCGAUGAAACUAAAAUUGAGGUAAGAGGGCUUCCACGAUUCAAAACUAAAUUGCACGACAUCACGGUGAACGAAGGUGAAAAGAAUGUCGAGUUCAAAGUAGAAAUCGAUGGAUGCCCGAAACCGAGCAUCCGGUGGUACAUCGGCGACGUGGAGAUUACAGAGAAGCGCAAAGACUACGUUUGUACGCAAGAAGACAAUUUCGCCAAGCUGUUCAUUUCUGAUGUUAAAGGUGAAAUGAAAGGGACGUAUACUUGCAAGUUGAAGAACGAAUUUGGCGAAGUCGAGAACAGUUCGAACUUAAUCGUGAACACCAGGCCGAAACUACUGAAAAAGCUCGCCGAUCAAAGGAUCAACGAAGGCGAUACCUUGAAACUGAUCUUCGAAGUGGGCGGUACGCCCGAUCCUGAGGUGAAAUGGUUUAAAGAUGGCGAGGAAGUUUCAACGGACGCGAGAAUUAAAAUCACGAGGGACAGCAAGCGACAGGAGAGCUACAAUCUGACGGUGACUUUGGUAAAGGGUUCAGACGCUGGCAUCUACGAGGUUCGAGCAGAAAACGAGCUAGGCUUUGUGACUAGCAAGAGCAAAGUUCUGAUAAUGACGAAAACGGAAGAAAGCGUGGAGGAGAGAACGGAAAUGAAGAAGGAGACCGUCGAGAAGAUCAGCGUCGAGGAAGAGGAAACGAAAGCGCAGAAAGCGGAGGAGAAGGAGAUCGAAACGAAGAAGGAACGCGCAGAGGAAUCCGGACCCGAAGGUCGAGUGAAACUGGAGAAACAAAGUGUCCAAGUAACGCGGGGCCAGGGUGACACAAUCACGAUCUCCGUGGCCUCAACGACGACCCACGAAGCUAUACUCACAGGUCCUGACGAGAGCCACACGAUCAGCAAGAUGACCGUAACAAAGGUCGAGUGCCAGGAGAUAAACACGGACAGCCCCGCCGUCGAAGAGAUUGCCACCUAUAGCUACAGCUUGCAAGAGGAGUCCGUUCAAAAGCCGCAAAACGGCGUGCUGAUCGAGGAGUUCUCGGAGAACAGCGAGGAUAACAAGUCGAGGCUUCAGACAAACCGUGGCGUGUCGAUCGUGUCCGUUUCGGACGACGAGUCGACUCUGAAAGCCAUUUCGAGAGACGUCAGCACGGACGAUAUGCAGCACGCUGAAUUAUCCGAAGACAAUUACGCGAGAUUGAUAAACGGCUCCUACGAGGAGUUCAAUGGAAACGGACAUUUGGCCGAGGAAAAGAUCCUGGACGAUGUGAAACCUUACAGAGGUUCCAUAAUCACGGAGACCAUCGCGGAGGAACGAUCCGUGGAGGAGUCGCCGUCGGAGAAAUCGAAGCAGGAAAGCAUGAAGCUACCUCAAUCCGCCGUUCUUGAGAACGGUGACUCUUUCGAGAGGAAAGUAUCCACCGCGGAUCUGGAGCAACCGCAGACACCAACGAUCGAGGAGGGCAAAUUGACGAAAGAGAAAAUAGAACGAGCGAACUCGAUCGCGGAGAAGAUCGUCGUGACGAACGUGGAGGAACGUCGAGGCUCCGUGGAGAACGGACUCUCGAGACAGAGUUCGAAAAUAGAGAGGAUAGACUCGAUGGAGUCGAGAAAGACAUUCGAAAGAUCGAUAUCGAGGGAGAGCGCGUUGAAGGCUGCACAAAGCGGUGACGAGGAGGUCGACGAAGAGUUAGAGGCCCUUCUAGAUCGCGUUAAACGACAGCGCAGCGUUUUAGACGAUAUCCUUGAAAAGGAAUCCUCCAGGGAUUCAGCGCCUCCUCACAUCAUUGAAACGAAUCUCAUCGAUCAGACCAUCUACGAAACUCAGAAUAUCGUGUUCGACAUCACCGCGACCAGUUUGCCAAGAGCCGAUGGAAAAUGGUUCAAGGAUGGGAAACCACUUCGAACCGGCGAUCGUAUCAAAAUUGCUACUGUCGGUGAACAUUUUUCUUUGGAACUGCAGAAAGUCAUUAUCGAGGACGAGGGCGUGUACACGUGUAUAUUCACGAACAAACUUGGCGAAGAUAUGGCUGAAGGAUAUUUGACAGUUCAAACCGUGGACGAACUCCGAAGACCUAAGUUUAUCGAGCCUUUGAACGAUGUGGAUGUAGCCAAAGGGAAAAACGGAAAGUUCAAGGCUGCGUUCACUGCCGACCCUAUUCCUGAAAUCAUAUGGUACUUCAAAGGUGAAGAAAUUCCAGCUGAUGACAGUCGACUAAAGUCCACCGUGAAUCAUAAGCCAGCGAAUGACAAACUGACCGAAACUACAGUCACUUUGAGCGUGCCGAAAUGCUCGAAAGAGGACACUGGAGAAUACACGCUGAAAUUGACCAACAAAUAUGGCAAAGCUGAAGCUGGCGCUAUCCUGAAUCUUCUACGGAUUCCCGAAAUUCAAGAAUUCAAAGAUGUCGUCGCGUCUGUUGGCGAAUCAAUUACCUGGGAGGCCAUCGUCAAAGGGAAUCCAAAACCAGAUGUCACGUGGACCAAGAACGGCACGGUCCUGAAACUAGGAGACAGGUUUGACUUUAGCGAGGAUAAGAGAAAUAAGAAAUUCAGGCUCAUCAUUAAAGACGUGGAGGUCGAAGACAAAGGAACUUACCAUCUCAUAGCGAAGAAUUAUCUAGGUGAAGCGAGUGGACAAGCAACUUUAACUCCACACACCGAGACACCAAACUUCCUCAAAAGUUUGGCCAAACAUUUGGCGUGCAAACAUCGCGACGACGUAGAACUAAAGAUUCGCGUAAGCGGUGUCCCCAAGCCAACGGUAAUCUGGCUAAAAGACGAUGAGGAGAUCAAAGAAGACGAUCGUCACAGAAUUACUACUCACGUGGAUGGCAUCGUGGAUAGCAUCCAUUCCAUCGCGACGUUCUCUCAAAGCGAUAUUGGACGAAUUAAAUGUCGAGCUAACAAUGUUGCUGGAAGCGCACAAACUACUUGUAACUUGACGAUGCAAUUGAUCGCUCCUAGCUUUAGCAACGUGCUACCUAAAUCGACAGAAGUGGACGAGGGUGAUCCUUUGGAACUUAAAGUGAAGAUCGAUGGUAGUCCUAUACCUGAAAUAGCUUGGUACAAAGACGGCGAGAAGAUCGUUCCGAAUGAACACAUAAAAAUCGAGACGCUUCCGGAUGGUAACACCAAACUGACGAUCGAUUGCGUAAAACCGACAGAUUGUGGGGCUUAUAAACUCGUGGUUUCUAAUCCUAGUGGCGAACAGUCGUCGUUGUGUGCCGUGGCUGUUAAACCUGCAAGAAGGAAACCGUCUUUCUCAAAAUCAUUGGAAGAUACCAAGGCUGUCGUAGGGCAACCAUUGAAACUGGAAGCUCAAGUGGUUGCUUUCCCGAAUCCACAGGUUCAGUGGUUCAAAGAUGGCAUACCACUGCGACACUCGAAAGAGAUAUACUUCAUGAACGAACCUAAUGGCGUUAUCGGUUUGAGGAUUGAUCACGUUCGUCCAGAAGAUGCUGGCGUGUACUCGAUGACCGUCUCCAAUUCGCUCGGUGAAAUUACUGGCUCCGCCAAGGUAGAAGUCGAAGAGAAAGAGAAACGACCAGAAUUCACAACCACGCUUCAACCAUUAUCUAUAGUAGAAGGCUACCCGGCGAAAUUGGCUGUUAAAGUUCUAGGGAAACCGACGCCACAGCUCCAGUGGUUGAAAGACGGCGAAGAGAUCAUACCCGAUGGAAAUCGUAUAAAGACUGUCACCUUACCAGAUGGUACUCAGGCAUUGGUCAUCGACAAAGUGACGCCAGAAGACGCAGGAGAGUAUCAAGUGAUUGCAGGCAAUACAGAAGGCACUUCGUCUUGCAAAGGAAGGAUCAGCGUUCUUGGCAAACAACUGCCUGACCAACCAGAAGAAAAACCUGGCUUCGUUAGUCCAAUGCGAGACGUUUACGUGGAGGAGGGUCAACCAUUAAAUCUUUCUGCUUAUUUCACUGGCAAUCCCAUCCCAGAGAUCAGUUGGUCCAAGGAUGGAGCUCCUCUACAGCCAUCGGAUCGUUUGUCCGUGUCUUGCGACGGAAAGAAAACAGAGUUGGAGAUCAAUCCUUGCGAGCCUCAAGAUGCUGGCGUAUACGAAUGUCGUGUGUCGAAUCCACUCGGCGAGGACUCUACGAAAUCUACAGCCAACGUCAAAAAGACUUCACAGCCACCGAGUUUCAUGCAGACGUUCAAGGAUCUGCAACAACUGCCUUCGUUCGACGCGAAGUUCCUAGCUCGUGUCACUGGUGUUCCACGGCCAGAUGUUACCUGGUACUUCAAUGAUAGAUUGAUCUCGCACGAUGAUGACAAAUACAAGAUUAAACGUGACGGUGAUGCUUGCUGCUUGUACGUGAAAGAUUGUACUUACGACGAUGCGGGAACGUAUAAAUGCAAAGCAGUGAACAGAGGCGGGGAAGCUGAAUGUGCGGCCAAUUUGGCAGUGAUUGAUAAAAUUGGAAAGAUAGAAAAGGCUGAACCACCGUCGUUCCUGAAGAGAAUCGGCGAUUGUGAGAUCUACAAAGGAAUGCCAGCUAAAUUCACAGCCUGCAUCACAGGCAUCCCGGAACCUGAUUUCGAAUGGUUCCAGAAUGGCCAGAAAUUGUGGCAGACUGAUAGGAUCAGGACAGAACAAGAAGGCAGCCUGUUACGCUUAAUUAUACACAAUGCCGAUGAAUUAGAUGCCGGGAAAUAUACGUUAAAAAUAAGAAAUCCUCACGGCGAAGAUUCCUGCACAGCGGAUUUAAUUUACGAUUCAUUAGAGCCGCGAGCAAAGAGAGCCCUAGGAGAUCAAUACACAGACUUCGACAAGUACCGCAAGUCCGGCGUUCCAUUACCGUUGGCCGAUCGUCCAAUUAUCAGCAGAAUGAUGGAUCGUCAUCUGACUCUCUCCUGGAAGCCAUCCAUCCCCAUUGGACCUCGUAUCCCAGUGACGUAUCAAGUAGAAAUGUGCGAGCUCCCGGAUGGCGAUUGGUUCACUGCUCGCACAGGUAUUCGCAGCUGCGUCUGCGACAUUCGCAAUCUGGAACCUUUCAGAGAUUACAAGUUCCGUAUCCGCGUGGAGAACAAAUACGGGAUCAGUGAUCCAUCGCCGUUUGCGCAAACGUAUCGCGCGAAAUUGGAGCCAGAACCACCGAAAUUCUUCCCUUACUUGCCACCUGGUAUCGACUUCCGUCCGGAGACCAGCCCCUACUUCCCCAAGGACUUCGACAUCGAGAGACCACCUCACGACAAUUAUGCACAAGCCCCUAGAUUCCUUCGUCAAGAACACGACACCCAAUAUGGCGUGAAGAAUCACAAUUGCAAUCUGUUCUGGUUCGUUUAUGGUUAUCCAAAGCCGAAGAUGACGUAUUAUUUCAACGAUCAACUGAUUGAGUCUGGUGGAAGGUACGAUCAGAGUUACACAAGAAACGGGCAAGCUACCUUGUUCAUCAACAGAAUGCUCGAAAGAGACGAAGGAAUGUACGAAGCUGUCGCGACUAACGAGCACGGUGAAGCCAGACAACGAGUUCGGCUGCGAAUUGCCGAGUAUCCGACGUUCAUUCAGAGGCCGGAAGAAACUAUUGUUAUGAUCAGGAAAGUUGGACAACUGAUGGCUAAGAUCAGCGGCGUGCCUUAUCCGGAGAUCAAGUGGUACAAGGAUUGGAAACCUCUUACCACCUCUUCGAGAAUAAGGAUCGAGUUUGUAGAGCCAGACACAACGCUUCUGAUCAUCAGUGACGCCAUCGCAAAGGACGAAGGUUUAUACUCAGUGAGCGCGAGGAACGUAGCCGGAUGCAUAUCUUGUUCCGUGAUGUUGCACGUGGAGGAGAACGAGCAGGAAUACGGAUACAGAACGUACAGAAGGAAGUCGGACAUUAGACCUCGUCACGACAAGCUUCUCGACGACCUCUACGAUCUUGGUGACGAGCUUGGUCGUGGCACUCAAGGUGUCACUUACCACGCUGUAGAAAGAAGCACCGGAAAGAAUUACGCGGCUAAAGUUAUGCAUGGAAAAGGAGAGCUCAGGCCGUACAUGUACAACGAGAUAGAAAUGAUGAACUGUUUGAACCAUAGGAAAUUAUUGAGACUGCACGACGCCUAUGAGACUGAUAAAUCUGUCACGCUAAUCAUAGAACUAGCUGCUGGCGGUGAGCUAGUAGAUACUUUAACGAAACAGGCUUACUACACUGAAGCAGAAAUUGCUGGUUACAUUAGGCAGUUGCUAUCGGGAUUGGGCUACAUGCACAAUAAUUAUUUUGCUCAUCUUGGCUUAACGCUUGGAGAUCUCUUGAUCUCACACACAGGAGGUGACGAUCUGAAGAUCUGCGAUUUUGGCCUUACCAGGAAAAUCGUGUCGUCGAAAUUAAUGACCUUGACAUAUGGUAUGCCCGAAUACGUGGCGCCGGAAGUUACCAACAACGAGGGGGUGUCCUUCGGUGCAGAUAUGUGGUCCGUUGGUAUUAUUACGUACAUCCUUCUUUCUGGAAUUUCACCAUUCAGAGGUAACAACGACAUGGAGACGAUACUGAAGGUCAGGAAAGGACACUGGGAGUUUGAUGAUCGUUGGAAAAACAUCUCGGAGGAAGCCAAAGAUUUUAUUCGUUCUCUGUUACUGUACAACGUUGACAGAAGAAUGGACGUCGCAGCUGCCCUUAAGCAUCCUUGGUUGAACUACGCUGACAGAUCUCCGCUUGAUUUGUAUAAGAUUCCGUCGGAGAACUUGAAGAAUUAUUACAAACUAUAUCGCGACUGGUACAACAACGCUUCCUGCCGCACGUGGUUCCGCAGACGCAAAUUGAACACAGCCUUCGAACAUCCCUCCAAAAUGAUCUAUCCACCUGCUCAUAAAUACACCCCCGAGCCUGAGGAAAGACCGUACACACCGAUAAAGAGGCCUCCGGUUAAGCCUUGGGAAGAUCAAAUUUCUUACGGGGAACCGCUUGAUACGGAGAUUGGAAUCAUUAAGAGCGAGAGCCACUAUCAAAAUGGUCCGGACACCUAUCUUCUUCAAUUACGUGACACAGACUUCCCUGUGCGUUUACGCGAAUACAUGAAGGUUGCAUGCAAUCGCAGUCCUGGAUUCUCUCGUAACAUCGCCGAGGAUAACUUCGACUGGAGGGCGCCUAUUAUAAGAGAACGUCGUCGCUUCACGGAUAUUAUGGACGAAGAAAUCGACGACGAAAGGCGAGCAAGGAUCAGUAGAUAUGGUUCACCGGAUACCUUCACUCUGAGACGUUUGAAACACGAAUUGGGCACUCGAUUGGACAGUUACGCCGAGGCAGAGGCAAUGAUAGAGUCGAAGAAAGAAGGACACCUGCCAUUCUUCCGUGAAAAGCCGCAAAUCAAACCCAUCGAAGAGGGGAAACCUGCUUAUCUGGCUUGUCUGGCUGUUGGGAAGCCUAAACCAGUGAUUCAGUGGUACAAAAACGACUUGAUGAUUCAAGAGAGCAACAGAGUAAAGAUCACCGAGGAUGAAGAUGGCAGAUCUAUACUUAGCUUUAAUCCGACAAAGGAACACGAUGUUGGCAGCUACAAGGUUGUCGCCAGAAACUCCCUUGGGCAGACCGCUAUCAGAGCAAGAUUAGUAGAAGCUGAAGUUCCUUCGGGUCCAGAUUCUCCUGAGGCCGCUGACGUCUCUGAUACAGAAAUACUCGUACGAUGGAAGCAACCUAAGCGCGAUGGCAACUCGCCAGUAUUGUGUUACAAUCUCCAGUAUAAAGAAGGUGACUCGGUGGAUUGGAUAGACAUUGCUUCAAACAUCGAUCACGAGUUCUAUCUAAUAAGAAACUUGAAACCGGACACGAGCUAUAACUUCCGUUUAGCAGCGCGGAAUCGCAUCGGUUGGAGUGAGAAGGGUAUCCAAUCGAAUCUUAUCAAGACUAAACUACCAGGAUGUCCGAAGGUUCAGAUCACACGAGCAAUGAGGCACCUCCAGGAACUGACCGAGUCAGGUCAAGAAAUAACGCUCGAUGAAGACAAGCCACAUAUGGAUUACUCCAUCGAAGAGCAUCCUAUCGAGUGGUCGACUGACACGAAUCUUUCCAACAAGUAUAGUUUCAUCUCUGAAAUAUACAGAGGCCAGUUCUCCGUUGUAUUAAAGGGUGUUGACAAGAGCUCAGACCGUGUGAUAGUCGCCAAGAUUUUGGAGCUGAAUUCGCAAACGGAAAAGCAAGUGAACAGGGAGUUUGAGGCUCUUCGUUCGUUGAGACAUGAGAGGAUAGGGUUGUUGGAGGCAGCGUACAAAGCACAAGGUUCUCCAAUUGCAGUGUUCAUUUUAGAAAAGCUUCAGGGAGCUGAUAUUCUCACAUAUUUCUCUAGUAAACACGAAUACACGGAAAAUUGCGUGGCAAUUGCCAUGACACAAAUCCUAGACGGUUUGCAAUAUCUUCACUGGCGAGGAUAUUGUCAUCUUGAUAUUCAACCUGACAAUAUAGUGAUGUCCAAUGUCAGAUCGGUCCAAGUGAAACUGGUUGACAUGGGUUCUGCUCGACUUGUUAGUAAAUUGGGUACGUUAGUACCGAAAGCUGGCCAUCCCGAGUAUAGAGCACCAGAGGUAUACAACGAGGAAGCGGCUCAUCCUCAAACAGACAUUUGGAUGGUUGGUGUACUUAUGUACGUGCUGCUCUCCGGUGUUUCACCGUUCCGUGGCAACGAUCCUGAUGAGACGAGACAGAACAUCUUGUUUGUGAGAUAUCGAUUCGAACAUUUGUACAAGGAAUUAAGUCAGGAGGCUACUAGAUUCCUUAUGUUGGUCUUUAAACGGGCACCAAGUAAAAGACCAAUGGUAGAAGAGUGUCACGAACACAGAUGGCUACAGUUAUCAGAUUUUAUGAUCAAGAAACGCGAGAGAGCUGUGUUCUUAAGCAACAGACUGAAAGAAUAUAGCGAAGAAUAUCACGAAGAGAAAUCGAAAAUAGCAUCUGAAAACCAAAGCCUAGCAAGUGAAAGCCUGUUAGGUUCCACUCAAAAACUUAUUAGAUCGACUAGCAUACAAGAAGAACUGCUCACCACGUUCUAACGAAUAAAAUACUAUUAAGUAACGCGAUUUUCCAAUUUUCUUUACGUGAUUAUAAGAUUUCAUGUACGCAUCUAGUCAGUCUCUUAAAAAACAAGGAAGAGCAAUUAAAAAAAGGGGGAUAAUAUCGAAAUGUAAGAACCUUCUUUCCUUGUCCUCUUUUUUGUUAUUAUUUAUUUGUUACGUUUAAUUAUUUUAACGAAAUAUCACCAUCUGCUCAUAUCGUUACUCUUACGAGUAAGAAAGGAAGAAUCGACCGAUCGAUUGUAAGAUAAAAUCACAUUUUAACAAAUCAAGGUACAAACCAAAUUCUCUUAAAUUGUACAAAAUGAUGAUUAUAUUCGCCAAUAAAUGCUAAAUAAUUAAAGCAAA